AUGCCACAGGGCACAGGAUGGAGACCUGCCUGAAAGUCCUGCUACUCGUCGGGGUGGUCAUAGCAGCCCCCACACCAUCAUCAUCCUCUCUGCCAAGCCACGAGGCUGCGGUUUUAGCUGCAGUUCAGAUCUACAACCAAGAGCCAGGCACAACACUGGCCUAUCGGCUCCUGGAAGCUGAGCCGCAGCCAGACUGGGACGCGUCUUCAAAAGCUAUCCAACCGCUGAAGUUCUCUGUUAAAGAGACAGUGUGCCUGGCAUCAGAGAAACGCAAUGUCAACCAAUGUGAAUUCAAACCAGACGGACUGGUCAAAGACUGCUCUGGAUUCUUCUCCACUGAACAGGAUCCCCCUUCCAUCAUUAUCAAAUGUGAGGAGGCGUCUGAGGAGGUGGGCACAUGUGGGGACAAGGUUCAGCAGCAGGAAAAACAUGAUCUACUGGCGAGAGACUAUUCAGGAUACAUCUUCCCCGAGCAGCAGCCGGCCAUCAACCUGAUCACCUGUGACACAGUGGCUGAGGAGGUAAGGAAGGCUUCCACUCAGGUGACCAGCAGAGGGAUCUGCAUGGUCAUCAUAGGACCCUGGCAGAGUCAGGGCAUCCUUAUCUAG